UGCUACUCGCUGCUGCUCAACGGACCCCGGGAUGAUGGCAGUGCCAUUCGGUGGCUCGUCGCAUUCAGUCCGUAGAGCGCGCUCCGUUCCUCUCCGUUCCGAUCCGCUCUGCUCAGCUCGUUCUUAUUCUGUUCUGUUUUAUGUCUUAAUUCUGUCCUCCGGUUCUCUGUACAGAAGGCGUUGUUGUGUCUCUUCUGUUCUGUUCUGUUUUUUUUUUUGAGUGUGUUUUUUAUUGUUGUUGUUGUUGGUUGUAUAUGGUUUUUGUUGUUGUGUGUGUGUGUGUGAGAGUGUUUGCGUGUUCGUGCGGAUCCCUUGAUCCUUGAAGCAAGCACUAGAACUGAGACAGCAGGAUCAUCAGGAUCAGCGAGAAGAGGAGAAGCCGGAACGACGACUGAAGGAGCCAAAAAAGGAGCGCCAAGCACCCAACAACCCAGCCAGCCAGCUAGGACGACUGAAGCAAUGUGAAACGGAAAUAAUCCAAGCAGAGUAACUUAACGGAGCAGCAAAAGGAUAUCCGGCAGCAGCAGUAGCAAAGUAGCAAGGAACCCAAGUCCAUCCAGGCAUCGGAACAGAUCCAGAUGCACUAGAGACGCACCGAGUCGCCCCGAAAGGAUAACCGAGACGGCCCAAGUCAAGUCGCAGUCAUGCUGCUCAGUCGCGUGAAACUGAAAUGGACGAGCAGGAGCAGCAGCCGGUGGAGUGAGUCCUCCUCCACCAAUGCCCACGAAUGCCACCCGAACAACCACCUCGCCAAGAAGGACCUCCCCAAGAACCACCACCAUGAUGAUCGGAUCACUGCCAGCCGACAGCACAAUAUUACCAACAAAGCCCAGCCUAUGCCGCCCAUUCGGGGGCUGUUACUGCCGCUGCUCCUUGCGAUCCUGGCCAGCCAGGCGGCGGCCCUGCGUCUCACCAACGGCGGCAGCAGCCUAAACAAAGGAUCCGCCGCCGACAAGGAGCAGCUCAACAUCGGCCUGAUCGCCCCCCACACGAACUUCGGGAAGCGGGAGUACCUGCGGAGCAUCAACAAUGCGGUGACAGGACUCACCAAGACGCGCGGCGCCAAGCUCACCUUCCUCAAGGACUACUCCUUCGAGCAGAAGAACAUACACUUUGACAUGAUGUCCCUGACGCCGAGUCCAACAGCUAUUCUCAGCACCCUCUGCAAGGAGUUCCUCCGCGUCAACGUCUCCGCCAUCCUGUACAUGAUGAACAACGAACAGUUCGGCCACAGCACCGCCUCGGCCCAGUACUUCCUCCAGCUGGCCGGAUACCUGGGCAUACCCGUGAUCUCCUGGAAUGCCGACAACUCCGGCCUGGAGCGGAGGGCCUCGCAGUCGACGCUGCAACUCCAACUGGCGCCGAGCAUCGAGCACCAGAGCGCCGCCAUGCUGAGCAUCCUGGAGCGGUACAAGUGGCAUCAGUUCUCGGUGGUCACCUCUCAGAUCGCCGGCCACGAUGACUUCGUCCAGGCGGUGCGAGAGCGGGUGGCCGAGAUGCAGGAGCACUUCAAGUUCACCAUCCUCAACUCGAUCGUGGUGACCCGGACGAGCGACCUGAUGGAGCUGGUGAACAGCGAGGCCCGGGUGAUGCUACUCUACGCCACCCAGACGGAGGCCAUCACCAUUCUGCGGGCCGCCGAGGAGAUGAAGCUCACCGGAGAGAACUAUGUGUGGGUGGUGAGCCAGUCGGUCAUUGAGAAGAAGGACGCCCACUCCCAGUUCCCGGUCGGCAUGCUGGGCGUCCACUUCGACACCUCCAGUGCUGCGUUGAUGAACGAGAUCUCCAACGCCAUCAAGAUCUACAGCUACGGCGUGGAGGCCUACCUCACGGAUCCGGCGAACAGGGACAGGCGCCUCACCACCCAGUCGCUGUCCUGCGAGGACGAAGGACGCGGUCGCUGGGACAAUGGAGAAAUCUUCUUCAAGUACCUCCGAAACGUCUCCAUCGAGGGGGAUCUCAACAAGCCGAACAUCGAGUUCACGGCGGACGGGGAUCUGCGCUCCGCCGAGCUCAAGAUCAUGAACCUCCGGCCGAGUGCCAACAACAAGAACCUCGUCUGGGAGGAGAUUGGAGUUUGGAAGUCGUGGGAGACCCAGAAGCUGGACAUUCGCGACAUUGCGUGGCCCGGCAACUCGCAUGCCCCGCCCCAGGGCGUGCCGGAGAAGUUCCACUUGAAGAUCACGUUCUUAGAGGAGGCACCCUAUAUCAAUCUGUCGCCCGCUGAUCCGGUCAGCGGUAAAUGCCUAAUGGACCGCGGUGUCCUGUGCCGUGUGGCAGCGGAUCAUGAGAUGGCCGCCGAUAUCGAUGUCGGCCAGGCACACCGCAACGAGUCCUUCUACCAGUGCUGCAGCGGCUUCUGCAUCGAUCUGCUAGAGAAGUUUGCCGAGGAGCUCGGCUUCACAUACGAACUGGUGCGGGUCGAAGAUGGUAAAUGGGGUACCCUCGAGAAUGGCAAGUGGAACGGCCUGAUCGCCGACCUGGUUAACCGCAAAACGGACAUGGUCCUCACCUCGCUAAUGAUCAACACGGAGCGGGAGGCGGUCGUUGACUUCUCGGAGCCCUUCAUGGAAACUGGCAUCGCCAUUGUGGUGGCCAAGAGGACGGGCAUCAUCUCGCCCACGGCCUUCCUGGAGCCCUUCGACACGGCAUCCUGGAUGCUGGUGGGAAUCGUCGCGAUCCAAGCGGCGACCUUCAUGAUCUUCCUGUUUGAGUGGCUCUCGCCCAGCGGCUACGACAUGAAGCUAUACCUCCAGAACACCAACGUUACUCCGUAUCGGUUCUCCCUGUUCCGCACCUACUGGCUGGUGUGGGCCGUCCUCUUCCAGGCCGCCGUCCAUGUGGAUUCGCCGCGCGGCUUCACCUCCCGCUUCAUGACCAAUGUCUGGGCCCUCUUCGCUGUGGUAUUCUUGGCCAUCUACACUGCCAACCUAGCCGCCUUCAUGAUAACCAGGGAGGAGUUCCACGAGUUCAGCGGAUUGAACGACACCCGGCUGGUGCAUCCCUUCUCCCACAAGCCCUCCUUCAAGUUCGGCACCAUACCCUACAGCCACACCGACUCGACAAUCCACAAGUACUUUAAUGUCAUGCACAACUACAUGCGCCAGUACAACAAGACCAGCGUGGCCGAUGGCGUGGCCGCCGUUCUGAACGGCAACUUGGACUCCUUCAUCUACGACGGCACUGUGCUGGACUACCUGGUGGCCCAGGACGAGGAUUGCCGGCUGAUGACAGUGGGCAGUUGGUAUGCCAUGACAGGUUAUGGUCUGGCCUUCAGUAGGAACUCCAAGUACGUGCAGAUGUUCAACAAGCGACUCCUCGAGUUCCGGGCCAAUGGGGAUCUGGAGCGGCUGCGACGCUACUGGAUGACGGGCACGUGUCGUCCCGGGAAGCAGGAGCACAAAUCCUCCGAUCCGCUGGCCCUCGAGCAGUUCUUGUCCGCCUUCCUGCUCCUGAUGGCCGGCAUCCUGCUGGCGGCCCUGCUCCUCCUCCUCGAGCACGUCUACUUCAAGUACAUCCGGAAGCGAUUGGCCAAGAAGGACGGGGGCCACUGCUGCGCCCUCAUCAGCCUGUCGAUGGGCAAGUCGCUGACGUUUCGGGGCGCCGUCUACGAGGCCACGGAGAUCCUCAAGAAGCAUCGCUGCAACGAUCCCAUCUGCGACACGCACCUCUGGAAGGUGAAGCACGAGCUGGACAUGUCCAGGCUGCGGGUGCGCCAGCUGGAGAAGGUGAUGGACAAGCACGGCAUCAAGGCACCGCAGUUGAGGCUGGCUUCGUCCUCCGACCUCUUGAACCACCACCAUCUGAAGGAGCGACCGCCGCUGCUGGGGAAUCUGAGUCUCGCCGCCAGUGCCCAAGAUCUAUACAGGUGGUCGUACAAGACGGAAAUAGCCGAGAUGGAGACGGUGCUUUGAAGAGUCGAGAGGAACAGAAACGGAAGUGGAAGUGGAUGUGGAACUGCCAUGAACAGGAACUGGCUCUGGAUCGCUAGCCCAGCCAUACGCACAUACCCGUCACACCACCACCACCACUCCCCCCCGCACGCCCACUCUCAGGCCAGCAGCUACCGUAACAGGUGCCGUGUUUGGGGCUACUGGGAAAGGCACUGGAACCACAAGACCAGUGCGUCAAAUCAAAAUCAACGUUUCAAAACAGUAUGUUAACUAGCAAGGAGGACCUCUAACUGCACACACACACACCAGCCCCGACCCAAGGAAUCCCAGAGAGUGUAUAAAAUUUAAACUAAACUAAAUGUAUGACUAAAAAAUAACUCAAAACUAACUAAUAACUUAAAACCUAAUUGAGAAAGAACAACCAAACAACCAAAGCCGCCGCCGCACGAGUAAUUCAUAAACUAAGUUUUAAACAAAACGGUAAACGAUAAACGAUAAUCGAUAAACCAUAAACGAUAAACGAUAAACCAUAAAGUAAAAGAGAUCGAGAUCAACCGUUACAUUUUUGGCGAUUGAACUGUUAACAAAAAACCUUAAAAAAAAGAAAGCAAGAGAAAGUGCAAGGAGAGAAGGAAUGGCAGAAGAAUGGCAGUGUCGUCAGAAGAUCCCCUACUUAACAAAAAAAAAAAAUUAAAACAAAAAAACGAGAAUGUUUGUAUGUAAUCUGUUUGAUUGUUUGUGAUUGUUGUUUUGUUUGUUGUCCUUUUUUGGAUAGUAAGAAUUUACCAAAAUUAUGCUUAAUUAAUAAAAUGAAAUCCAUAUACAAAUAUAUACAUAAACAGUAAUCGUAAUCGAAACGGGGCGGUGCAGGUUGCCGCGCCCCUUAUACAAUGUACACAAAUUUAUAUGUAUUUACCUUGCUAUGAUUACGACGAUAUACAUAAAUGUUAUUGCAUAUUCACAUACAUAACUAUUCAAGGAUCAAAAUCCAAGCAAAAAGAAAACAAAUAUUUACAAGUGGAUGUUAUAUUUUUUCUCUGAUUUUCAUAGAAAGAAAAAAAAACAAAAUGAAAAUGCUUAUGCGCCGCCAAAAUCAAAAUUAUAUUCCUAUAUCCUUGCAGUGAGCUUUCUUUCUGUUUCUUUGUGUGAAAAGAUCGUAAAAUGGCCGCCCCACAGAAAAAAGGGAUGGUCACACUUGCUAGAUCAUCAAUUUCCGCGCUUUCCAACACUGAUAGUUAGCUUUGAUUAAAAAGCACUUUUGUAAUUACUUCCCACUGCAAGGAUGUAGAAUAAAAACACUUUAUCGAAAUCGAAAUCUCUCCAGGAGAUUAUCUACACUCGUGGCUUUUUUUAAGUUGCUCUUUACUGCUUCGCUAGAGAACCGUUGGCUUUUAAUCAUCGUUUUUAUGUUUAUUUCGCUUUCACUUUGCUCGCUCGCCGUUAGAGAAAGGGCGACUUUGCUUUCUAGUUCGUGUGAAUCUCUUGCAUGUGCCACAUCCUUUCAAACACACACACACACACACACACUCUCAAACACAACACUAACAUCUUCACCCACAUAUACUCACGCACCCAGAGACACCAACAUAAAUGGAAAUAUAAAUAAAAAGAAAUGUAAUUUUAAAUGUGCAUUGUUGUUGUGAGGAGCAAAACAUGCUUAAUCAGAAUUAAAUUAAGCUCCAAAUCUAAAAUUGAAUUAAAUAUGUACAAAGGGUAACAAGUGAAAAGGAUAAACAAUGGAAUAACUAACAAUCGAGGCAGCAUUAUAUAACUGUUUGUGUUGGUCUUUUUUGUGUGUUUCUUCUAUGUGUUUAGUGAGGAUAAAUAAGAUAAACUAAAGCAAAGGAUGUAACUGUAAAGGACGAACCUCCACAAAGUCGCAUCUCCGAUAGGUGGAGCGUUUGUGGGUUUAUCGGUUUCCCUCCUAGAGAUCGUAGAGGUACUUAAGUCGGAGUCGGAGGUGCGGGCUUUCGGGAAGUUCGUCCUCACAAACAAAUUAAACAAAAGCAAAAAACAAAAAAACAAAAAAAAAAUAACAAUUCAUGUAAGAAUUUUAAAUCGUUGUGCCAAUUAUAUAAAAAGGCAACUUUAAUCACACAUACAUACAACAAAACAUAUGGAAAACAACCAAAAACACACGCGUACGUAUUCAUGUGUCAGAUGCGACAGGUGUGUGUGCUUCUUUCAGGACCUUUUCGUUAUCCUUAUAUGGUAUGGUACCGUUAUGCGUUCGAAUGCCUGUUCUUAUUUCCGUUAGAAACGAGAGCGCUGAAGUGAACGAGAUAGCGACACAACACGCGACAAACAAACAAAUAAACAAAAAAAUAAACAAACUAACAUAACAGGACAAAACAGAAGGACAAAAGGACAAAACAAAAACAAUGUUAACAGAAUAACACGAAACAAAACAAAGGAACUUAUUGAGUUUUAUUUGCAAAAGAGUGAUUUUUUAUAGUGGAUAUAUUAUAUUUUAUACACAAGUUACGGAUGAAUGGAACGGAGAACAUAGUGAAAUGUUAAUUAUUACGUAUAUGUAUAUAUUUUUUAAUACAAAUUGUUCAGAUUUGUUAUACAUACGAGUACUAACAAGAGCGAAAAGUAACAAACAAGUACGGAGAACGGAUCUAGCAGACAUCUUAGAAUAAAGGCCGUCGAUAAGAAAACGAGGCGGGGUUGUGGGGAGAUGGACGAGAUGGUAUGAGAGGUAUAAGAAAACAAACCCUUUACGGACAAAUUAAAACAAGUAAAAAAAGUUAACAUUACAUUAUAUAAGUAGUUAGUAAUUUAAAACUAAACCCAAAGAAAUAAGCUAAAUCACGAAAGAUGAUAAUUAAAAAAAAAAGAAUGGAAAAUGUUUAUGAAUAUAAAACGAUUUUUUUUAGUAUUAUUAAUGUUAUUAAUUUACGAGUACGAGUACGAAUAACGAACGGGAAGCAUGGAAGUAUGAAUUAAAACACUCCCAGACAGAGUCACACAUUCACACGAAUAACGAGUGCAUUUUUUUAGGUGUUGAAUAUCAGAAACAUAAAUAAAAAAAAAAAAAACAAAUAUAUAAAAACCGAAUCAAUUUUUAAACGCAAACAUAUUUCCUCGAUCAUAACGAAUCAGUGAAUCUGAAUCCAAAUCUGAAUCUAUUCGAAAAUAUGUAACCUGAGCAUAAAUGAUGUAGUAACGACGACAGAUCGUUUUUUAUGUUACUAACAAACAACAUCCGAACAUAUUUUAUUCCGCCAGGAACUCGAAAAUCUAAACACGAAAAUGAAAUUGGACGAGGAACGUUUCACGUACAUAAAAUUUAGCAAAUGAAAUAUGCGUACAUUGUUGUGGUAGUUACGGAUGGCGAGGAGCAUACACGUAAUUUAAAAUAUAAACAAACCAACUUGCAAUAAAUGUGUAUACAAAAA